GGAUAUCACUCUCUUCGCCAAAUUUGUUAAACUUCCGUAACGUCCUGUUAAUAAACAGUAACAACAUGGAACAAAAUCCACCCAAAGACCACAAAAUUGUUGACAAAGAUACAAACAAUUGUAACUACGACUCUUUUAGAGUUUCGACGAAUUUGGAGGUGGAUCCUGAUUUGAGACAUAAUGAUGACCGAACUGGAAACGAUUUCGGAGCACAGUCACAGAAUAGUAGUUCCGACGAAAUAGUGGAUUCAAGUCAUAAUAAUAAUAAUAAAGACAAUGACGUCAAUGUCAAUGAUGAUUGCCACAUACUCAGACUCAGAGACAGUGUCAAGGACUGUCACUCGCCCCACAGUCUUGCUCUGUGCAACAACAGUAUCCCAAGUACAACUGCAGUCAUGGAUGAUACUCGGUCUAAUACUAAACAUUGUCGAUCCACUACUCCUACAAAUCACACAUCAUCAGAACAUGAUAUUGACGGAAAAUCCAUUAACAAUGGAAAAUCGACAAUAAUGACACAUGAGAUUUUAUCUGUACUAAGCAAAAAUGAAGGGGAAAGCUCUGAAAAAGAACAAGCCAUGAUUUCCUCUCAAAAUAUUAUAUGCCCUAGAGUGAACUGUCCAGAGAAAAUAGUUAACUACUUUCUUAUCUUCCUUUAUUUUUUAUAAACAUUGUAUUUGAAUUAAUUGAAACUUUCAGACUGCCAAGUGAAAGUCUAAAAUGGUGUUUUCCAACAUGGGGCAUAUGCCCCACAGAAUAGAAAUUUAAAUAUUAGGAUAGGCCAUGGAGGACAUCUUUAGUUUUUAGUCUCUAAGAUAGGAGAUGUAUUGUUUCAAAUUGAUAGUGAACAUUGUUAGGUAGUGGCGUAUUUAGAUUAUUUGGUUCCCAGGGACACGAUUCAUUAUUAAUGACUUCUGAAAACCAUUAUUUUUAUCAUUAAAAUGCAAUCAGAGCUCAUUUUGGCACCCACAAUCACAAAUAAUCUUUGGCCUGGGAACAUCUGUCCCCCCCCCCCCUUUUUUUUUUCCAUUUAGCUACCCUGCUAAUAUUCAGGACACUUUUUAAAAUAAAUUUAACCACUGAUAUUGAAAUUGUCAUUUAUUAAUUUCUUAAAUAAUUUUUGGGCUGGGAAAAUCUGUCCCCCCCCCCCCUUUUUUUUUUCCAUUUAGCUACACUGCUAAUAUUCAGGACACUUUUUAAAAUAAAUUUAACCACUGAUAUUGAAAUUGUCAUUUAUUAAUUUCUAUAAAUAUAUAUUGUAAUUUUGACCUAAUCCAGUGUGAGAAAUUAAAAUGUGAUCUUCCUGAUGGCGGCCUGCAGCCCAUAUGACUUAGCUCUUCCACUUAGGACAAGUUUGGGAGGAGGGUGGCAAUUUUAACCAUUUUAGAUUUUCAGGGGGAAACACUGGUCUUAAAGUAAAAGAUAAGGAUAACUUAAGGCUAGCCUACUCAAAGAAAGAAUUUUUAAAAGGCAUGACGUGAUGUUUACAGUGUAAUAAAAGUGAUUUGUGGUAAAAUUCAAUCAGAUAUCAUACUUUUAAAACUGAAGCUUUCAUUUAUUUACUAUUGAAGAUGUUAUUGGUAAAUAUAAAUUUUUCAAAUCCUUUUACUUUGUGUUUUAAUUAUUUUUCAGAUAAUAUGUCUUGACUUAAAUGAAGAAAUGGAUUCAACUAUAUUUAGAUCACGAGCAGGGUAUGCUUCAUAAAUAAAAUAUAUGCCUUUGUAACUAUAUAAAAGCUUUCUAAGCAUUAAAUUAAAUGUGAAUCAUUUUAACCUUUUUUGUGUAAAUUACAAUUCUUCUACUGAAUACAUACUAAUAUCUCAAAAUAUUUUUUUUGGCAGUGAUAAAUACUCGGGACUAGAACUUGCAAAGAGAACUAUCAAAAUGUUUGUAAUGCACAAAACUCAGAUGAAUCCAAAACAUGAGUUUGCUCUUCUUAUAUUUUAUGACGAAUCCACUAUGGUACAGUAACUUCAUUUUUUUAAUUUUUUUUUUUAAUUUUUUUUUUUUAAAUUUAAAUUUAACUUUUGUAAUUUAUAAUCACUUACUUAUUUAAACCUGGGGCAUAGGCUGUCUACAAGAAUUAAGCAUUCAUCUUAGUCCUGUGGAUUCCUUUCCACUUGAUUCCAGGUGUAUACAAUACUCGAGCUCACAUCUCCAUGUAUUCUUUGGUCUUCCUCUCUUCCUUUUUCCCAAUGGAUUCCAUGUUAGGGAUUGUCUGUUGAUGUUAUUGGGAGGGGGUGUUAUGAAAAUAAUGCCCUGUCAAUCUCCAUCUUUUCCUCAUGGUGUCUUCAGCUAUAGGCUCUUGGUGUCUUGGUAUGUCCUUUCCAAUUGUCUUUGUUGAGGAUGAUGUUUGGCCAUUUUAUGUAAUAAAAGAAGGGGGAUAACUCCUACUUAAAAGGAGAAAAAAAAAAAAAGGGUGUGGGGUGCAUGUUCUAGCAAACUGUUUUUAAUACUUCAUAGUUUCAAAAUUUUAAGGUCCAGUCUGAUUUCAUCACAUAAGUCUUGAAAAGACCUUCUGAAUUUUUUUACUGAUUCAUAUAUGGUCAGUUAGGUUUUCUGUUCUGCUAUCAGGGGACACCCAAGUAACCUUGUGGAUUUUCUUAUGAUGCCUCCAAUAUUUAGCUCAUUUGCCGUUCGGAAAUUUGCCAGUCUUUCGCCGUUUUCAUUUCUCUCUUCUAAACCAGGGUGCCCAAUAAUUUCUUCUUAUCUUCUCUUUUAUUUUCCAAAUCGUAGCAUUUAGAUCUCCCGUAAUGAUAUUUAGAUCUCUAACUGGAAAUUUUUCUAGAAUAGCUUGGAUUCUUUUGUAGAAAGCUUAUUUUUCAUCUUCCUUACUAUUGUUGGCUGGUGCAUAAUAUAUUACAUUAAUAUUUAUUGCCUUCUUCUUGGUUCGGAAUGUCACUGUAAUAAUUCUUGGACCAUGGGCUUCGCAUCCUAUCAAUGCCCCUUGUGUCAUCAUGAAAGCGAAUCCUUGUGGGUGUUGUCGAACCGUUGAAUCUGUUGUGUUGUAAUUAUCUACUCAUGGUAAUGAGUGUCUACUUGUCUGGCCAAGUCUCUCACUUGAUCCCACGAACAGUAUAGCUAAUAUUAAAAGUUAAUAAUACAACCAACGUUAACAGGUUUGUAGCUAGAUAGGAGUUUAUUUAACACUACUCCAUUAACUAUGGUUGAUGAAUAAUUUCAGAAUUGAUAAUCCAAUCACUCCAACCAAACUCUACUCAAUAUAGAAAUCCAAACAGUUCAUCCAGUAUAUCCGCCAUCAAUCUUCCAUCACAGCAUCGACAAAAACUAACGCGUCAUAUCCCCUUAUACAAUUACGUCACAACAAUCUCACCCCCACGAUAAAGCUACACAUAAAAUCUCUAACUAAACAUCUUUUCCCUAUUAAACAUGAAAACAAUGAUCUACACAUAACAACAAUGAUUCUCAUACCCUUGACAGGUGUUUUGAGCAUUUUCCUUCUCAUGUCCUGAGUAUUAGUGUUUCUUCCAAAGUUAAUUUUAAAUGCCCAGCUUGUUUCCAUCUUUUUUUCACAGAUGCGAGCAGGGAGAGCUUGUGUGUUCUCAUUUGUGCCUCCACUUGAACUGAUUUUCCUGUCUCAUACAUGGUUCUAACAUUUCACGGGCCUAUGUCUAUUGCCUUUGAAAGCGGAGUCCUUGGCUUAGAGGUUUUAAAUAUAACCUGGCUUUGGCCACAAGGCUUCAUAACUCUUCUUGGGGCGAAGACACCUCUUUUUAUCAGGGCUGAAAUUUUUUUGUUUUUUCUUCAUGUUGAUGUUUUGGUAGAAAUAGUUUUUUAAAAGUGAGGUAAUUGGCCUCACUGCACCCAGACUUUGUAUCGAUCAUGGUGGAACUUAUAAUUAUUACAUUAUAAAAAUUUAAAAUAAAUUGCAUACCAUUAUUAAAACUAUGAUUAUCCUUCAAUUUGAUAGAUAUAAGGCUGAUGAGAUGCAGAGCUUAUGUCCUUUAAACCAUACUAAGAAGGAGGCCCUAAUGUAUAUUUUUAAAUUAGUUUAUCUUGGAUAAUCACAAUCAUUUCGUGGAUUCAAAGAAAUAUGCCAGAUAGGAAUAGGAGAGAUAUAUUAAAAAUUAGCUUGGAUGUCUUCUGGGCCAGAUUUCUAUUUGACGGAUCAUUUUCUAUUGUUCUGUGCCAGGUUUCUCUGGGUGAUCAGCAGUUCAUAUUCCCUCCCUGAACUGUUCAUUUUAUUGAUGUCCUGGAAAUUUAGCUUGGCUACAUUCUUCUGACCAAGCCAUCUUUACCAUUAUCCCUGUACACUUUCCUUGUCAUUUCGAGUCAUGGUCUCGGUUCUUCGUUUUAGAAAAUGCGGUACUACAUACUACGCUAUUAGAACCACACAAAAUUUCUGUAAUUUAUCAAAAGACACCACACUAUUAGUACCACACAAAAUUCUGUAAAUUAUCAAGACACCACACUGUUUGUACCACACAAAAUUCUGUAAAUUAUCAAGACACCACACUGUUAGUACCACACAAAAUUCUGUAAAUUAUCAAGACACCACACUGUUAGUACCACACAAAAUUCUGUAAAUUAUCAAGACACCACACUGUUAGUACCAAACAAAAUUCUGUAAAUUAUCAAGACACCACACUGUUAGUACCACACAAAAUUCUGUAAAUUAUCAAGACACCACACUGUUAGUACCACACAAAAUUCUGUAAAUUAUCAAGACACCACACUGUUAGUACCACACAAAAUUCUGUAAAUUAUCAAGACACCACACUGUUAGUACCACACAAAAUUCUGUAAAUUAUCAAGACACCACACUGUUAGUACCAAACAAAAUUCUUUAAUUUAUUAAAAGACACCAUGAUUCCCCAACAUUAUUCAUCACUUUGUGUGAAUUCAAAAAUAAUUUUUAUGAUUCACCAACUUUGUGGGAAAUGAAACAUACACUUCUCUGAUUCCCCAAUUUCAUCUCUCAAUAGUUCAGCUCAGUUCAUGCCUUAAUAAAUUAUUAAUAUUGCUCUGAUAGUUGUGUUGUAAGUUUUUUUUAAGCCUUUUUAUUAACUACGCUUUUGUUUUUGGGUGGCUGUCUGGGUGGCAAAAUCUACGGAUGGCUGAUUGACCCAUUCCAUCAAGGUAUCAAGCUGAAAUUUGGCACUCAGUGCCGAUGACAUCACAUUCUAUCAAAUUUUUCAGCCCCAACCCUCAAAAAUCAAUUUUUGCUGUUUUUAAAUGGGAACACAAAGGAAAGUUACUGAUAACUGCGCUAAAUGAUAUUCUUAAAAAAAUAUUCCAAGUUCAUUUGGUGCGUAAUAUUUUAUUUUGCUUUUCUGAAAUAAUGUGGUACCAUAAAAUAAAUCUGCGGUGUAAAAGCGGGUGAGUCAUUAGAAUAUUAAUACAGUUUGGGAGCAUGAACAAAGUGUUGGGUUGCAAGUGGGGGGGGGGGGGAUUAAGGGGAUUGGAAUUUUUAUAAUGUGCUUUACUUGUAAAAAUAUUUUGUCAAAUUUUGAGACUCCCCCCCCCCCUGCUGGAUAUUACAUUUGAUAAAGGAUUUAUACAAUAAACAUUUUGUUUUUAAGAGUUGUUUGAAUGUUUUAAUUCUGUCAUAGAAAUAUCUACAACAUUUUUUUUGUAACAUCAGCAGUGUGGUAGGAAAAUAUGUGAUGAUGUAUCUAAGUCAUGAAGUUUUAACUAGGCUAGCAUUUAAGUUACAAAUAUAUAAAUAUUAUUAGUAUUAUAGAGGGUAUUUUAUUUGACAUGGCGUUGAUGGUCAUUCAGCACACAAAUUAAGAACCCAUUCUUUUAUCUUAUACUUAUAAUAAUGGGUUUGGUGAAGCAAGCAUUUUUUUUUUAUUAUAGCAAUAAAAGUAAAUAGAAUCCACUGCAUAAAUAUGGCUUUCAUGCAACAUUUUCCCCCUAUUUCUAUUCAGAUACACAACUUUACAUCAAGAGCUCAAGACAUUCUCAACACCGUUGAUGAAAGCGUCAUAGAAACACACAAAUCUGGUCCACUCAGUCUCUCACACCUCUUUGAAACCAUGUAUGGAAUUUUUUCUUUAUCGAGUGGUAUUAAAUUAUUUUUUUUUAAUAAAUAAAGGCACAAGAUAUGUUAAGGCUUGAAAAUAAAAGACAAUGCAAUUAAGUAGACAUUUUGGCUAGAUUCCUUCUUCAGCAGACAUUUUGGAUCGAUGCCUUCUUCAGCAGACAAUACAUUAACAACAGAUGAAUGUAAAUUAAAAAACAAAAUUCAUGUUUUCGAUCAUCUGAAUAAAGUCAAUGUUCAGAACAGGAAGCGUUCUAUGUUAAUUUUUAUUGUUAGAAAUGGAAGUUGAUGUAUUCAAAACUAAAACAGACAUCACACAUUAUUCUGUGGUGCAUACUAUCACGGUAAAAUAAUUUAAGUAUUAUUAAUGUAUAAAGUCUUAAACAGCAACAAUUGAGAAUAGAAAUGGAGGGAAAUAAAGGAUCUUUAGUAAGUAUUUGAUUGAUUCCAUAUAUUGAUAUGGUGCCUCGCUGGUCUAUUGGUAAAAGAAAUUAGAGUCGCCAUGGAUACAUUUGAAGUGCCCUUGUGUUUACCUCUGUUGAAAUGGGACGACACUGGGAUGGCGUGCUGUGAUCAAUAAUCUGAAGACGUAUCCGGAAAUUUGAUCGAAAGAAAUUUCGUCAACGGUAAAUUGAUCGACGGUAAUUUGAUCGAACGGAAAUUUGGUCGAAACUUUUUUCACUUUUUUACGUUAAAACUUUUGCUUAAAUUUUUUUUUCGAACGCAUUAUUGUGUUUAGCAAUAUAGUGUAGUGCGUUGAAAAAAAAAUUUUUUAAAUUCGACAAAAAUUUUAACGUCUGAACUGAAAAAAAGGUUCGACCAAAUUUCCGUUCUAUCAAAUUUCCUUCGAUCAAUUUACCGUCGACGAAAUUUCUUUCGAUCAAAUUUCCGGUAAACGUGUUCAAUAAUCUGAAGAUGUUCACUGAACCUAUUAGAUAGCCUUCUUCUCAUCUCACCUAAAGAACAGAAGCGACAUCUUCGGCACACAGAUCACAUUUUGACUAAUACAUGUGAAGCCCUCUUUUAAUUUGAUUAAGGUCCCCUUAGGGAAGCCAACGUGUUUAGUUUCCAGAAAAUAGGACCAAGUCCUACAGCGGCUUCAGGACCAAGUCCUACAGCAGCCUCAGGACCAAGUCCUACAGUGGCUUCUUGAACAAAGUUUUCAAGCCUAAACAUAUCUUGUUCCACUGUUUAUUUAAUUUACUUAAAAUUCAGUCCCGCAUAUUUCAUGUGACGUAUAAGGCUCAUUAUUUCAUGCACUGUUUAUAUGCUCAUGGCAAACCGAUGGUAUUGCUGCAAUUUGCAAGGCAUCUUCUUUCUAUUUCUUAGCAAGGAAAACAUAGAGCUGCCCACAGUUCAAGGUGAUCCAGAGGUCGUGCCCCCACCUUACAUCAUCAGAGUCAUUUUGGUUUUUGGGAGGUCACGGAGUGUGCCCACUCUCACAAGUACCCAGGUUAGCUCACUGGUUUCAAAGUCUCAGGGUGUGCCUUCCUUCUAAGGUAAACAUGUUAUAAAGGUCAGAGAUUCUCAGACUUUUUUCAGCCAUCGUCCCUUGUGGCUAUAAACUCACCUCUAGCCAAAUAUGCCAAGUAAUACAAAUCUAAAGGCCUGUACAGGUGAUCACUGAGAAUUUAGCAACCAGAUAUUGACUGUGAAUUACAUAAUGAAAUAUAGAAAACUGGACAUGUUUUUUUAAUAAACAAGAAAGCCCCUGUACCAGCUAGUCAUUGAAGGAGAACGUGACUUAUUCAAACAAGAAAGCCACUGUACCAGCUAGUAAUUGAUGGAGAACGUAACUUAUUCAAACAAGAAAGCCCCUGUACCAGCUAGUCAUUGAUGGAGAACGUAACUUAUUCAAACAAGAAAGCCCCUGUACCAGCUAGUCAUUGAAGGAGAACGUGACUUAUUCAAACAAGAAAGCCACUGUACCAGCUAAUUGAUGGAGAACGUAACUUAUUCAAACAAGAAAGCCCCUGUACCAGCUAGUCAUUGAAGGAGAACGUGACUUAUUCAAACAAGAAAGCCCCUGUACCAGCUAGUCAUUGAAGGAGAACGUAACUUAUUCGAACACAGUUGCAGCAGCCAAUCCCUUUAUAAAUAUUUUUUAAAAAUUCUUUUGACCUUUCCAUUAAUCUUUCAUCGAAACAAAGACAUAACAGUAGAGAUAAUAUUUGUAAAAUUCCGACUGUUUGCAUGAUGAUGACAUUCUCUAUCAAAGCCUUCACCCUGGCCUUGAUAGCAAUCACAUAGGCCCUGAUAGCAAUCACAUAGGCCUUGAUAACAAUCACAUAGGCCCUGAUAGCAAUCACAUAGACCUUGAUAACAAUCACAUAGGCCCUGAUAGCAAUCACAUAGGCCUUGAUAACAAUCACAUAGGCCCUGAUAGCAAUCACAUAGGCCUUGAUAACAAUCACAUAGGCCCUGAUAGCAAUCACAUAGGCCUUGAUAACAAUCACAUAGGCCCUGAUAGCAAUCACAUAGGCCUUGAUAGCAAUCACAUAGGCCCUGAUAGCAAUCACAUAGGCCUUGAUAGCAAUCACAUAGGCCCUGAUAGCAAUCACAUAGGCCCUGAUAGCAAUCACAUAGUCCUAUAUUUUCAUCACCAAAUUUGACAAACUUUAGGAUCAUUCAUAUUUACUGCAUUCAUUGAGUUCUGGGAAAUCUGUGGGCAUCUUUUAUCUCUCUUUAAUUGGGUUUUCUGUUCAAUUGCAUUGAUGUAUUGUUUUCUAUGUUUUAAAAGGUCAAAGGUCUUGCCUAGGACUAGGAUCUAUAUUUUCUGACUAAUGUCUCACCACAACUCUUUUCCAAUGCCAGCUAUCAAAUUUGUAUUUCAUUCUUUCAAAUUAUUAACUUAUUUUCAUUGUAUAAAAUGUUCUUGAAAGUACACCAGGCAACUUUUGAAAGUACACCAGGCAACUUUUGAAAGUACACCAUGCAACAUUUGGAAAGGCCACCUGGCAACUUUUGAAAGUACACCUGGCAACUUUUGAAAGUACACCAGGAAACUUCUGAAAGUGCACCAGGCAACUUCUGAAAGUGCACCAGGCAACUUCUGAAAGUGCACCAGACAACUAUUGAAAUUACACCAGGCAACUUUUGAAAGUACACCAGGCAACUUCUGAAAGUGUACCAGGCAACUUUUGAAAUUACACCAGGCAACUUCUGAAAGUACACAAGGCAACUUUUGAAAGUACACUAGGCAACUUUAGAAAGUACACUAGGCAACUUUUGAAAGUACACUAGGCAACUUUAGAAAGUACACUAGGCAACUUUAGAAAGUACACUAGGCAACUUCUGAAAGUACACCAGGCAACUUCUGAAAGUACACCAGGCAACUCGGAGAUAAUCCCACCCUCCUGGGCCAUCCUGUCCACUAUGAGAACUACUGAUCUAGGUCAUGGGGUGCGCUUAAUUCACAUCAAGAGCUCCAGAAAGUCUCAACCCAGUGGAUGAGAGUACACCGGUUUAGUCUGGCUCAUUAGGUUCACCUUUUCCACAUACAUCACAGAUUAUUUAUUUAUUUAUUUAUUUAGGCAUUUUUAUAUAGCGCUUAUCAUAAAGCUCUAAGCGCUUUACAAUUAUUAAAAAAAAGAAAUAAAAUAUUUAAAUCCAGAUGAGAUCUAGGUUUUAUAUCACAUGGUGGAUAUCAUUUUAAAUGUUGCCUCUAGGUUAACGUUUAGGGGACAAAGGCUUCUUCAUAAGUGUUUGUUUUUUUUAAACUAAUGUACUAUUGUGAAAAGAAGCAAUUUAAAAAGCCUUGCAAAUAAAAACUGGGCUCUUUCAAUAAGCAAAUUUAUCCUCUUCAUUGGUAGUAAAGUAAUGUUAUAUUCUAAUUGGGUCAGUUUUGAAUUGAACGAUUGCAGGUCAUUCUUUCUAGCUCUGUAAAUAUUUCAAAUGAAAUGCAAAGUUCAUUUUAUAGCAAUUGAGUGGCUCAGAAAGCUGAAUUUCAUAAUCAAACUUGAUUUUAAUUAAAAUUAUGAAUUAUAAUUCUUUUUCAGGCUAAGAGUAUAUUGGAGUCAUCCCCAUAUUUUUUUACUGAUGUUCUCUACAUUCAUGAGCCUCCAACUGAAGAUAAUAAAUGCGAGGCAAGUUUUAUACAUUAUAUUAAUGCUAAACGUUUUCUGUCAUUUAGAUAUUUUACUUUUAAUAUUCAUACUCACUUGUUGUUUUUUUAACUAAUCACCAUAUUUUACUCCGUUAGUAUUUAACUAAUCACCAUAUUUCACUCCAUUAGUAUUUAACUCUUACAUCCAAAACUUUUUGUAUUUGUUUGUCAUGAAUUUUGUAAUUUAGUGGGAUUAUUGUCAUCUUAGGAAAUUUUUCACUCUCUGUGUGAACUGGACCACAGCGGCUUGUCUUACAUCUUUGAACACUCAAAGUACACACAGAUCUUAAACAGUGGAGCUAAGCUGUUGCCCCACCCAUUGCAACGUCCUGGACAGAUGGAUGCCAUGUACAAAAUAAGCUCCCUGCUCCCUCCAGUCUCAACAAAGGAAGAUAACAUCUAAUUGCAAUUAAUGGCUUACAAGAAUGACAUGCUGACCUUUUGUCAAAAGAAUAAAUUGUAAUAGAGAUCAAACGUUGGUUUUGAAGGGAAAAAAAACUAGUUAAAUUUUGAAAAAUGCAAAAAAAGUUCUGCUAUCAGGUAACAGAAAAUCAGGGUAGGAUAGAUCCGAAGCAGUGGAAUGAUAUCCUUAAGACUUAUUGUGAAUUGAGAGAAAACCUAUUUCAAGACAUUGAUUUUUUUCUGGCUUCUACAAAGUCCGUAUUUUUGUGUUGGAUAUUGUUCAUAUCAAAAUGUUAAUAUGCUUCUUUGAUUCUGUUAUUGUUUGUAAAUGGCAUUUAUACGUUAUAAACACUUGAUUGAAAUGGUUAGCAUGAAUGUGAUUGCUACUGAGGUCUGUUAACGUGCUCACAGGGAAUCAUCAUGUUGAUCAAAACAGGAACACAUUUUGAAGAGUAUUGAAUAGUUCUCUUAUGAAAAGUUUGUUGCCAAUGAAGAGUGAAAGGUAUUUUAGUAAAAAUUGUGCAUAAAAGUUAUGGUUUAAGAUAAUCACAGUCAAACACAUCUAAUUUUUAAUAAUCCUUUUAAAACUGUGUUGCUGCAAGAUGGCCCAGGAUAAAAGGGUUCAGCAUGACUCAUAACUUGCUUCAUUUUCUUUCUCGGCUCUCUAACAUAGAUUUUUUUAAAGUGCUACCUUUGCAUGAGACCUGGGGUGGCCGAACAAAGCAGCUUCACAUGCCUUUUUGAUCACUAUUCAAUCCUUCACGGGCUCUAUGUCAAAGUCCUUUCAAUUAACAUAAACACCAAAUUAAAGAUGUACAGAUUAUUUAUUUAUUCUCCAUGCACAUAAUUCUCAGAUGACAACACACCUUCUUGUGUCACCAUUCACAUUGUAAGAUUUAGACGUAACUCUUUAUUAUGAAUAUUAAUUAUAUAUUUAAAUGCCCAAGAAUGUUAAUUUUUUUUGUUUACUUUUGUCAGUAAGGAUGUGUUAGAAAAAUAUGUGUAUGUGUGGGAGAUUUUUUAUGACUAUUUACAAAAGACAUUUUAAGUUUUAAUUGUGUUGCUGUAUUUGACAGAGUUAUCACUUGUGUGAAUUAAAAUAAUAACCAACAUUGGGACUAAUACUUUUACCAAUAAAAUUUCAUCUAUAAAAUUUUUUUUUCUUGCUACACAAUUAACAUUUAAUACAUUUUUAAUUUUUGAAAAUGAAACUUUUUAAACUUCUGUAACUACAAAAUAGUAAACAGAAGGAUUGAUUUAGUGCAGUGGCAUUAAUAUUUAUUUUUGUU